ACGCCCGUCCCCUCCUCGGCUCCCGUAUCGUCUCGUACUCCAUCCCCUCGCUCCCGUGCGAAUCCCAGAUCACCUGUGCGGCAACACCUUUCCAUCAACUGUUUCCUGGAAGCCGAGGCGCGGCCUGCGGAGCGAGGCGGCGGCGGCGGUGGAAGACUUCCUCCGCGACCGGCUCGAACGGACCUUCACCUCGAUCCGGCGGUGGGGAACUUCCUCCGGUAGGGCCUCUGACGAAUCCGACGUCUACUCUGGCCUCAGAUCUAAAUCUCUGCAUCUCAGAUUUCAGGAAAGAAGGGUCGCGGAAGCGUUUGAUUGCGGGACUCGAUCGGCCGCAAUAUAGGAAAGAACGGUAAUUAAGAUGGGGCGCUGCAAGCAUCCAUCGAGAUUCGGUCGGCAAGCAUCGGCCUGCCGGUGACAAGGAGCUGCAGUCGCAGAAGGAGCCGAGGAGGUCGGUGUCUGAUUUCCUCACAUAAACGCCGGCAGACGAGCCGAGCAUGCAUAUAGAAAUGUACAGUAGCAAAGGAAGAGCAAGAAAGGGAGCAUCAGAGGACUGAAGAGGAGCACACGUGCUGAUUAAGAAGCAUGAGGAGAAGGCCUGGAAUUUCUGGUUUGCAAAGUGCAGCUGCUGCUCGGGAUCAAUACCGAUUGGUUGGUGAAAAUGUAGCCAAGAUAAGAACAGAUCUCAUGAAAGAACAGCUUGCAACAUUUCGAUCUCAAUUAGAAGAAUUUGCUCGCAAGCAUAAGAAUGACAUCCGUAAAAACCCUACAUUCAGAACACAGUUCCAUGAGAUGUGUGCUAAAGUUGGAGUGGAUCCCCUAGCUUCUAACAAAGGAUUUUGGGCGGAGUUGUUAGGGAUUGGCGACUUCUACUAUGAGCUUGGGGUUCAGAUAGUUGAGAUUUGUUUGGCAACCAGAUCACACAAUGGAGGUUUGAUCAACUUGCAGGAGCUCUGCAGUCUUCUGUGUCAGAGACGAAAAACUGCUCGUGAAGCAGUAUCUGAGGAUGACUGCUUGCGUGCUAUAAGUAAGUUAAAGGCCCUGGGUAGUGGCUUUGAAGUAAUUACUGUUGGGAAGAAAAAGCUUGUCCGAUCAGUUCCUACUGAGUUGAACAAAGAUCACAAUGAAAUUCUUGAAGUGGCUCAGGCCCAAGGCUAUGUGAUGGUGGAGGAGAUCGAGAAGCGACUUUCGUGGCCCUCUGGUCGUGCAAUCGAUGCCCUCGAAACUUUACUAGAAGAAGGUCUUGCCAUGAUUGAUGAUGGUCAUAGAGAUGGAAAGCGCCGGUAUUGGUUUCCUUGUGUAGCUCCCAUUUCUGCAGCUUUGGGAGCUGACGGGUUGAGAUCAUCCUCAUAGUUGAUGCCAAGACAAGUCGUACUAGGGGGUGUUGGACCGCGAUGUUCUGUCGCGAAGUUCAUGCGCACCUAGACAACCUGAGGUUGUGGGUUCCACAAUUCUUUUCAGUAUCUUGGACCGAAUGUGUCGGGGGAAAGAAAAAGGAAAAGGGGAAAAGGGUCGGUUUUUUGACCGCUUGUUGUUGUCCGGACUCUGGUUGUUUGCGUUGAAUGUAUUAGUUUUAAACUUUGCAUAUAAGAACUGAUGAUGAUUCUGUAACAUUGGACCACUUUCAAUAGUUUUAUGUCGGGAACGUUCUUUGUAUUUCUUGGCUGCGCUGCCAGUUUAUUAAGGGAUUAUAGUCAUGUUGUCUUCCUUGAUCUCGAAA